AAAUUGCAGCUUUUGCUGAAAAUAUGGUUGUCUGCAAAGUGUCCCAGCGGGGUUUUGUCACACUGUUUUUUUCAUGCGAUAUUGUGAUUUUUCUGGUGGGAUUCAUAAUCUCUCCCCUUUAACUGUCCGAAUUGCCUCAUUUUUACAAACACAGAUGAUCAGGGAUUGCGUCUUUUGGAGAGGAUCAGAUUGAGCAAAGUGAGGUGUAGAAUUACUGAUCUACAAAUAGUAGUCCCUGCAAUUAAGAUUCGUAUGCUUACGCCUCCCCUGGUUUAAGCGAUCCCCUCAAGAAAUAAAAUUAAACAAAAUUUCUGGCCCUACACAGCCUAUCAGAAGGCAAGGUGGAGCUAUUACCAUAUUGCUUACCCCUGUUGAAUUAUCUUGGGAUCUCCACAAGUGCAUAAGGCUUAGGGGCCCAUUUUGGAUGACCUUUGAGCACGUGAUUUUUUUGUAAAGUUCAUGCAGUCGGACCAUGUUUAUCCCCAUAACGCAACACAAUUUGAAAGGCGGUGACCAUUGACUUGACAAAAGUGAUCAGCUCAAACUCGCCCAUUGACUUUAAAUCAUUUAAAGGUAGACAGCAAGAUGACUCCAGCAGUACAGCAGAUAUUGGGCGCGUUCGAGCAGGUACAUUUUGUCCAGUCGGUGACCACCUUUCAAAGUGUGUUGCAUUAUGGGGAAAAAAUGUCCAACUUGCAUGUUGAAUUUUUGAUGAAGUUGGCUUCAAGUCGCUGCAGUUGCUUCUCACCAACUGCACCAUGCAGCCAAACGCCUGGGUAGUGAGAGGCACUAUUUGUGAACCAUUAGGUGUCAAACUCAUUCCACGGAGUGCCAAUUGAAGGAUUUCUCUCUUCCUUUGUACUUGAUUGAUGAAUUCAGGUCACUAAUUAGUAAGGAACUCCCUUCAGCUGGUUGUCUAGGUCUUAAUUGAAAGGAAAAACCAAAUACCAGCAGACAGUAUCCCCUCCAUGGAAUGAGUUUGACACCCCUGCACUAUAGUGUCUGACUUCACUCGUCGACUUUCGUCUGCAGUGAGGCUUCGUUAGCCAUACUACGACAAACACACCCAAUGAGAUGAGCGUAAUGCAAGACUCUGCUCUCAUACAGAGUAUCUGCGCAUGUGGGUACCAAUUCUUCCUGCAGGUAAAGCAAGAUGUACUACAAGGCAGAAUUCCCUGUCCCCUUGAUAUCAGUGCACAGCUGGCAGCCCUGGCCAUACAGUCUGAACUUGGCGACUACGACCCGUACAAACAUGUGUCAGGCUACGUGUCAGAGUACCGUUUUGUCCCGGACCAGAAAGAGGAACUGGAAGACGCCAUCGAGACGAUUCACAAAACCGUAACGGGUCAGGUUCCCUCCGAGGCUGAAGCCAAUUAUUUAGGAACAGCUAAAACACUGGAUAUGUAUGGAGUCGACCUUCACCCUGUGUUCGGAGAGAAUCAGUCUGAAUACUUCUUGGGGCUGACCCCUAUUGGAGUCGUUGUUUACAAAAACAAAACACAAGUUGGGAAGUAUUUCUGGCCAAGGAUAACGAAAGUGCAUUUCAAGGAAACACAAUUUGAGCUUCGAGUUGUUGGAAAAGAUUGUACAGAGACGUCGUUCUUCUUCGAGGCACCCAAUAAGACGGCCUGUAAACAUCUGUGGAAGUGCUGCGUAGAACACCACACUUUCUUUAGAAUGCCAGAAAAUGAUUCCAACACACUUACAAGAAAACUAUCCAAAUUUGGUUCCCUGGGAUCUAAACAUCGGUACAGUGGUAAGACAGCUAUGCAGAUGGGCAGGGAUCCGUCUAUCAGUCUCCCCCGGCCAGACCUGCAAGUGGUCAGGACCCGCAGCAAGACCUACCCCAAGAGACCACCACCGACCACAGGACUGAACAAUGGGAAUCGGUCAAACACAAAGACGGAGAAUUCGGAAAAAGAAGGAACGGCUAAGAUGACAGCACUGCCGUCUGUGAAGAGCGCCAAAGUGACCAAGGCGGAAAAUGGUGGUCCAGAGGAACAGCGAGGGAAGCCCAAUGCACCGUGGGAUGAGAACGCCCCACAAAGUGGACUGUACAACACGGCCAACGAGCGAACAAAGUCGCCUAAAUUCCCCACGGCACGUGGACGCACCCCGUCAGGAGGCAGCGAGAACGAGACGUCCCAGAACAGACGCAGGAAAGGCCAGGCCAGUGAUCCAACAGCUCCCCAGCAGCAGAGCAAACAGCAGAGGAGAAGGUCACGUUCCCGCGGCAACACCAGUAGUGGCAGCGAGUCUGAGAACUCCACCCGGGAUCAUCGUAAAAAGAGGAACCGGUCUCGUCAAGAGAAUGAGAUGGUGGACUCUGGUCCUCAGUGGGAAGCUGUGCUCCGCCGUCAGAAGGAGAGGUCUCAGAACGACCCAAACCACCGCCGCUCACGACACCGCUCUCGGUCGCGGAGUCCAGACGUGCAGGCUAAGGAACAACUGUGGAAACACAUCCAGAAGGAGCUGGUGGACCCAGCGCCAGACCUCACAGAGGAUCAGCUGAAGGAGAUCCCCUACAAGAAAGUGGAAACCCAAGGAGACCCAAUAAAAAUCCGGCACUCUCAUUCUCCCCGGAGCUUCCGUCAGUACCGGCGCUCCCAGUGCUCCGAAGGGGAGCGAUCCGUGCUCUCGGAGGUCAACGCCCGGACAGAUCUUGUGCCCCCAUUACCUGUGACACGAACAGCAGACAUCCCAGGUUCCAGCUCCACCCCCGCUCAGAAGAAGCACGGAUCCAAAGACACCCCACCCUCAGAGAUCAUAGAGCGUGAUGUGAAGAGCAGCGCUAAGGUGGUGAAGACUGUCCACUCUCCCAGGACCAAGGUUGAGACGUGACCUGACCAAAACACAACCCCCACCGCAGAAACAAUGCCACAAUCUCCCACCAACACAAAACGUCAAGACCACCCUGAUUUCUUGAAAGAAAAAAAUGACUUGUGAAAUACAAUGGAGGGAGCUGUGUGGAGUACAACGGCUGUACAGUGCGCCAGUGACAAGCCCCGCCUUUAAAUAAUCCUGUGUGUGUGUCUAUGUACGGUAACGUUAUGUGUUAGAUAAUGCAUGGGCAAAAAUGUCACUGGUCUAUGUGCCAGUAUGCUGCUGUCUUUUGGAACACACCACACUGGGAACCCUGUACAGUAUCUUCACAUCAUUCAUACGAGCGCAUUUCCGGCUUAAGUCCCUGUUGAGUAAGCCUGGUCUCAGGUCUGUUUGUGAUGUAUAGCCAACUCCAAUAUACUGUAUCACAGUUGGUCUGUGUCUAGAGCAAGUCAUGGUCACCUGUUCAUGCACGUAGCAACAACAGCUGAUAAUUAAGCGUCAAAAACCUUUUCAGUUAUUUUAAACUCGGAUAAGUGUUUUAUAAUUAAAAACACAUUUUUCAGUUAUUUUAACACUGAUAAGAGUUCUACAAUAAAACCGAAUUUGAGAUGUUUUUCUUUAAGCACAUUGAUUUCAGUCCAAUGCUCACAUGAAGGCUGAGGAUGAGACUAUGAAUUGCGUAGCGAACACUGCACAGUGAGGUCCGAUUGAGAUCAAUCAUGGUCUCCUAUGCAUUUGCCUCCGAUUUGGUUUGCGUUAUUAUUAUACAACACAGUAUUAAAACAGUCUUUCACUCAUACAUGUUGAGCUCCAUAUGGACACUGAGUGUGCGUCUGAAAUGGCACUCUAUUCCAGGUAUAGUGCACUACUUUUGACCAGACCCUUAUGGGCCCUGCUAAAACAAUGAUUUACUAUAGGGGAUAGGGUGCCAUUUCAGACGCAGACUGGGUUAUUGUAUUGUCAAGUCAGGUGUGUUUACUGUAAGUAUUCUCUACUGUAGGAACCUUUGAUCCUGGACCCCAUUUUGUUUUGCUCAUGAGUACUGAAUAACUGUUUUGCAUAUCUCUGCUGUUUUAAGGUUAAAAAAAUAAAUAAAUACAAAUGUCACUUAGAACUGUGUAGCGACACUGUACAGUUGUUAAACUGGAAUUUCAGUCCUUUUCAAUAAAUACAUUCAAUAUGUCUCAAAUAUAA